AUGGGAAGGGUGUGCCCCCUCGACCCCCCGUGCUGGCCCACUUCGAGCCCGACGGCGGCCAAGCCAUCCAGCGAACUGGCCAGUACCCCAAUUCUCCCAAAUGCCCACUUCUCCAAGGUGCCGUCUCCCAGUCCCUCGCCCAUGGUCUCUGAGCCAACUGGCCAGCAGACUUGCCGCUCAGAUACGGGCCCGAUGCCCGUCAUCCGGCUCCCCCUCCAAGCGCCCGGCGCUGCCGGAACAAUUGAUGGGGAGGUGUAA